AUGGUGAACAGAAGGGUUCCGACUGUUCACAGUAAAACCUACGUCACUCCUAGACGUCCUUACGAAAAAGCACGUUUGGACCAGGAGUUGAAAAUUAUCGGAGAAUAUGGUUUAAGAAACAAACGUGAGGUUUGGAGGGUUAAAUAUACCCUUGCUAAAAUCAGAAAAGCCGCCAGAGAACUUUUAACUCUUGAAGAAAAAGAUGGGAAAAGGCUUUUCGAAGGUAACGCUUUAUUGAGGCGUUUAGUUCGUAUUGGUGUAUUAGAUGAAAGCCGUAUGAAACUCGAUUACGUGCUUGGUUUGAAAAUUGAAGAUUUCUUAGAAAGAAGAUUACAAACUCAGGUUUUUAAAUUAGGAUUGGCCAAAUCUAUUCAUCAUGCCAGAGUUUUGAUUAGGCAAAGACACAUACAAGUGAGAAAACAAGUUGUUAAUAUUCCAUCAUUUAUUGUUCGUUUGGAUUCUCAAAAACACAUUGACUUCUCACUCAACAGUCCAUUCGGAGGUGGAAGACCUGGUCGUGUUAAGAGGAAAAACUCUAAGAAAGAGAAAAGUGGAGGAGGAGGAGGAGAUGACGACGAAGAAUAG